CUUGUUCGAUAACUUUUGCUGUGCUUAAGCAACCUUUCUUUUUCAGAUUUUGCACAUAAGAUAAUGAAUUCAAUGGUUCGAAAUAUGAGGUUGGUCUUUAUUUUCCAAAUUAAGAGACUAAAAUUUCAAAAGAAUUAAACGAUAAAAAUUGCCCCUCCCCCCGAAUUCUGGAAUCAAUUCUAGAUGCCUUCUAUGAGAGUGUGAGGACCGCAGAAGCAUGUGACAGAGUGAGAGAGAGAGCGAGAAUCAUUGAAAGAUUUGCAGAGGAGAAAUGGCGAUAUCGGCUUAUACGACCUCAUUGGUUUUCCCCCAGAACUAUAGAAAAACCUUCAAUUUAAGGGCCAUGGCGCCCCAGACCAAGCCGUUAAAGCCUUCUAGAAAAGGGCAAUCGGCUACUGAAGCAAGGUUGUCGUUGGUUUUUGCCCUAGCUUCUCAAACCGCCUCCCUUUGUCAACGUUGUGAGUUCUUAGAUUUCAGUGAAUUUCGAGUUAUUGGAUUAGAACCUAAUCUCAGUUUCGUAUUAUCAGAUUUAGUUACAGAAACCUCAAAGUAUGUCUUUCCAAGGAGAUUUGAGGCUCGUAACUUGGAAGAGGCAUUUAUGUCAGUUCCAGAUCUUGAAACUGUAAGUUACAAGGUUUUGAGCAGACAUGAACAAUAUGAGAUUAGGGAGGUUGAGCCAUAUUUUGUUGCCGAGACGACAAUGCCUGGAAAGAAAGGUUUUGACUUCACUGGCUCAUCAAGGGCUUUCAAUGUCUUGGCUGAAUACCUUUUUGGUAAGAAUACUACAAGAGAAGCAAUGGAAAUGACUACACCUGUUUAUGUUAAGAAGGUUCAAUCAGACGGGGAGAAAAUGGAAAUGACAACCCCGGUGAUAACGAAACAGUCUGGAGAACAAGGGGAGUGGCAGAUGUCAUUUGUGAUGCCCUCCAAAUAUGGUUCUAAUCUGCCAUUGCCAAAGGAUCCCUCUGUGAGGAUCAAGCACGUGCCUGGCAGAACAUUUGCAAUUACUGCUUUUUCAGGCUUUGUCACUGAUGAGGAAGUUAAUUGCAGAGAAAUAAAACUACGCAAUUCUCUGAAGAAGGACCCACAAUUUCAAAUCAAACAGAAUACAUCGGUGGAAGUUGCUCAAGUAAAUAUUGAGUUCUCUCUUACCAAAAAGUUACAAAGAAAAGAAACCAAGAGUGAUCCUUUCUUUAUUAAACGAACAUUUUCUUGAGGUUCCUUUUGUUAUGCAGUUUAAUCCUCCAUUUACGCUGCCAUUUAUGCGCCGAAAUGAGAUUUCUCUAGAAGUUGAGAAGAAGGAUGCUCCUGUUUAAUGCAGUUGGAUCCAGUCUACCCACUCUUUGUUCAUACUGUAAACUGCUGUACUGAAGUCUCUGUAUGUAUUUUAUGUGUACUUACAUUGCUUAUAAUGAUGUAGUGGGUAAUGCUUAAUCAUAUAUGAAUUUCACAUGAAUUACAUGGGUUAAGUUUCUAAGA